AUAGAGAUUGCCUUUCAUAUCAGGGUUUCAUAACUAUUAAGAAAUGUGAAUUUUUUAUUAAAAUAUUGCUUGAUAAAAACAAUGCACCAGCAUUAAGAAAUGCAAAAAUUUAUGGUAGCCCUGAAUUCAAACAAUUGAUUUUUGGUCAUGAUAAAAUCUUAAAGCAGAGAUUGGAACAAUGUUAUAAUAUCAAUGAAUUUUUUAUUGAUCUAAAAGAUUUACUUGAGCAUCUAACGAUCAAAGAAAAAGAAGAAGUAAUGCCACCAGGAAUUUAUUAUUCCUCAUUAUUAUCUGAGCUUGAUAAAAUUGGCUGGGAUAAAUUGGAAUCACUUGAUCCUUCCUUGAAAUCUUUGGUUCUUAGAUUAAAUGAUUCAUCAGGUCAUCAACACAAAAUAAAUAUAACAUUACCUUUUUCUUAUCCAAAAUCACCUCUUAUUAUACAAGCUGAAAUUCCAUCUGAAAUUCAACUGAAUCGUAUCUUUGACCUGAAUGAAGUGAUUUCUAUUAGUUAUAAAGAAAUAGAGAAAUUUCAAGAAUUUUGGUCAAUGCUUGAUGAUGUUGAUCAGAACACUUGGAUUUUAGAGCCAGAUAAACCUAAACGAAAUGAUUUAAUAAGGAGAAUUGCACUUGGUAAUCAUUGUUCUUUACAAAUAAAAGUGAAUCCUCAACACCCAAAAGAUGUUUGUGAACUAAAGAAUAUGUCUCUUAACAUUCGACAAAAUCUUGAAAAUAUCCUGGAAAUUAAAUUUCCAUCAUCUCAAUCAUCAUCAUUGCCUGGAGCUGAUUAUGAGAUUGAAUGUGGAAUUUGCUAUACAUAUCAUUUAGAAAGUUCAAUACCUGAAUAUUCAUGUAAUAAUUCGAAAUGUGGAAG